AUGGAUCCAGGUGAGUCAUCGAUUUCUAAGUCAGUACAGUCGUAUAGUACUUCAGAAGCCAGUAAAGAAAACUUAAUUCAAGGCAGAUCCUCUUCAUUAGAUAGAGUUUUCCCAAUUUAUUACUUGAUGAUGCAAAAAACGAAAAUACCGAAUUUCAUUCUUUAUUCAACAUCUUUAUUUCUGGUAUUUCAGAUCAUUUCAGUAACAUUUUGGAUCUAUACUGAUCCUUUCACAAGGACAAGUCCAAAAAUGAGAAACUUUUAUUUGAAAUUAUUUUCAAUAUUCGCUUUUGGAAAUCCAAUUGAUAAGGAUGAGUCAGAAAUGUUUGUUGCAUACAUAACUCUUGGUGUUUCUCUUUUCAUGAUUGCUUGA